AUGUCCCUCUAUGUGACAAGAGAGAACUCAAAUGGUAAGUUCCUUUGUAAAUUGUACAGGCUUUCUAAAAUUUGCCAAGUAUUAUCUUCAGGUAAUUAACAGUAGCCUAUAUGUCUAGGUUCUGGAUGAAAAACAACAACUUUGUCUAAUACAGCUCUCUUGUGUCGUCCAUUCUAUUCAGAGGAAGCCUUUCCCCCUCUAUCCCCCACGCCGCUGUACCAUGGAUACCUUUUCCAUUCGCAGAACCUCCCCAGCCAGGUCCCUGCCUUUUUCCACUAUCAGCCGUAUCAAUACUGGAGCCCUUCAUCACCAACCCAUCAUACCCACCUGCAGGCAAUGGACAUGUACUACCAGAGCCCACAACAACCCUCUGCCCCCUGGGAACAGCAAAGUCUUAGCUAUACUGGCUAUACACCAUCCUCUCAUACUGAGCAACAGUAUGGGAACUUCUACAAUUAUCCCUUGUCCCAUGGAGAUCACUACCAAACCAUGCAGUAUCGGGGGGCUCUAUGGUCGCCACCACCGAUAAAGGUACCACAAACCCCCACCUAUGACAAGCGGGUGUUGGAACAGCUAGGUCCUGUGUGUCCUCUGAUGGUAGCCAUGAUGGUGGCAGGUAUACCAGUGGUCCCUGUGGUUGGGAUAGGCUUGGGCAGUGUGCGGUUAACAGCCCAACGGUUCAUGGAAAGGAACCCGAGGAUGGAUGUGCUUUGGAAGGAGGAGAUAGAAGAUAUUCUGGCAUCAUUCGACAGUUCUGAGGAGGAGAGAUACUGGAGUGAAGGAUCAUUCCUAGCACAGCUGUACAGCAGUCCUAUUCCUCUUGGCCAGUUUGGCCACUUUGUCUGUUAG